CAAAGCUCAUUUCAUAUCUUCAUUUUCAUUUCAUUUCAUUUCAUUUUUAGGGUUUCCAUUUUUAAAUUCGAAAAUUCUCUCUUCUUCGCUUCGUUUUUGUCGAAGUCUCUCCUUACCCCAAAUCCCUAAUUUUCUUUACUUCUUUCCUAAACUCCGAUCAGUUGGAGCCUCAAGCACAAACUAGACUCGGCCCCUGGAGCUCCAGUGGCAAAGAGAUAAGUUUAGGUACAUUUCCUUUGUGAUGAAGGUUUGCCUUUCUGAAAUCGAAGUCAUCUUUCUAACAUUGGCAGGUAAUUCACAUAGUUUUCUGGAUUUUUUUGUUCGUUCGUUAAUUCAAUUUGCAUGCGUAAGUUGGAUAAAACUCAUUCUAGACGGGAUGGAUCUAGAUCCCUGGCUGAUAUUCUCACGAAGUGGAAAGAAUAUAAUGAGCAACUUGAUUCCUCCAACGGUGAGGAAAAACCAGUCCGUAAAGUUCCUGCCAAGGGUUCGAAGAAGGGAUGUAUGAAAGGUAAGGGAGGCCCAGAGAACUCACGUUGUAAUUACAGAGGUGUUCGGCAGAGGACAUGGGGAAAGUGGGUUGCAGAAAUCCGGGAGCCAAACCGGGGUAAGAGGUUGUGGCUAGGUACUUUUCCAACAGCCAUUGGAGCUGCACUGGCGUAUGAUGAAGCUGCCAGAGCCAUGUAUGGUUCCGCCGCCCGCCUCAACUUUCCCAAUGUUAAGAUUUCAUCUUUCUUAAAGGAUUCUCCAAAGGAUUCUUCUUUAGUUGCAACAACAUCAGGGUCUUCUUCAGUGGCAACUGCCGGAGGGUCUGAGUCGUCAGACGAAUCUGAGGGUUCUGCAUCAGAGGGCAUUGAUCUGAAGCCUGUUUCUCCAAGUGUAAAGCAUGAUGAUGGGGUAAGUGAAUUGAGAGCCAAUUCGUCGCCUCCUCGAGUAUUAUGAUGUAUAUUUUCCAUAUUUUUACUUGGGUGAUGGCCAGAAUUUUCACAUAUGUGUAUUCAGGUAUGGCUGGAUUUUGAUACUUGUAUUUUGGUGGUGGCUGGAAAUUUAACAUUUGCGCUUCACUGGUGCGCUAUAAUAUCUGUCUUUUUCUA